CAUGCUAUCCAAGAUGGCGUCAAGUAGGCCUUCGAGCAGAAGUAAAAAACCAAAGCGUCCAUCGAGCCCUGCCGUGGCUGCCGCUCCUCCAAGCAAGCGAAAAAGACCUUUAACUCCCUGUGUAGCUGACGAGUUCGAUUCAACAUCAAGUAGUCCUUCAUCAUAUAGUGCUGUCAGCGAGGCCAGUACCCAGCCAAACGGCCACUUUGUGUUCAAAGAUUCUAAUUUCGAACACUCUGGUGUCAAUGCAGGCAAGAAAAGGAUAUGGAAAAAUUUAAAACAAAUAAUGACGUUAGAAAGGGGACUGCCAUGGAAACAAGAUGAUCCAACAUACAGCAGCAUAGAUGCCCCACCUUCAUUCAAACCAGCCAAAAAAUAUGCUGACCUCUCUGGCUUACCAGCUAAAUACAAAGACCCGAGAACUGGAAUACAAUACAACAACUCCAUGGAAUUUGGUUCAAUUCGUAGUUUGCCUAUGGAUAUUGUCAGCGGGUAUCUGACCUUGCGGAAAGCGGCACCUACAUGAAUUAAGUUAAUUUUAUAUGGAAUUUUGGAUGUUAAUUUAUCAUGUAAAUAGUUGAAAUAAAAAAAGAA